GUCAGCGGUCUUUUAAACUGAGCAGCAGUGAUAGUUAGAGAGCAGCGGGGUGAACUCAGCCGCCGGACAGCCUCUCUUCACCGUCACCUCACUGUCCUCUCCUCUUAAAAGUUUUUUUUACGAAACUUUUCAUUCAGUCAGUCUUCUUCCAAAUGACCGUGACUCGAGACCGGCCGAUGACCUAUUCCAAAAUGAGAGGGCUUGUGUCGUUUUUCUCAGCUCUGCUCAAGGGGAAGAAAGUUGGCUUCAGUGAAUUCUUACAUAAAUUUGUUUCCGCUCAACAUCUCUGCCAACACCUGGACCCUCAGAAAAUCCUGCAGCGACAGAGCAAGCUGAGGAGGGAGACGGAGGAGAAAGGCACAGUGAGCCCAGUGAGCACCUCGCAGAUGAAACCAUCAGAUUUUGACUAUGUCAAAGUAAUUGGCAGAGGAAGCUUUGGAAAGGUGCUGCUGGCAAGACACAGAAAACAGGGAGGCUUUUAUGCUGUGAAGGUGCUACAGAAACAGAUGAUUGUCAAGAGGAAAGAGCAGAGGCAUGUGAUGGUUGAGAGGAGCGUACUGCUGAAAGGACUACAACAUCCAUUCUUGGUGGGGCUCCACUUCUCUUUCCAGACACCAAACAUGCUCUACUUUGUCCUGGACUAUGUUAAUGGAGGAGAGCUUUUCUACCACCUUCAGAGGGAGGGGUCAUUUCCCGAACCAAGAGCUACUUUCUACGCAGCAGAGAUAGCCAUGGCGCUGGGCUACCUCCACUCUCUUGACAUUGUUUACAGAGACCUCAAACCAGAAAACAUCCUGCUGGACAGUGAUGGUCAUGUGAUGCUGACUGACUUUGGCCUUUGUAAAGAAGGGGUGGCCAUAGGUGGGAUAAUGCAUACAUUCUGUGGAACUCCAGAGUACCUGGCUCCAGAGGUGCUACAGGGUCACCCAUACAGUCCAGCAGUGGACUGGUGGAGCCUCGGCACUGUGCUUUUUGAGAUGCUCUAUGGAAUUCCUCCAUUUUAUAGUCACACCAAAGCUGAGAUGUUUGAGAACAUUCUGCAUGCUCCUCUGCAGCUGCGUAGUGGAGUGUCUCCAGCUGCUCGUUCACUAUUAGAGGGAUUACUGGACAGAGAUGUCUCCAAACGCUUAGGGGAGAGCUGUGAUGUUGUGGAGCUGCAGGAACAUCUCUUCUUUGCAUCCAUCAACUGGGAUGACCUCCUGGCGAGGAAAGUUAGACCCCCAUUCAUCCCGAAAGUGACUAGUCCCUGUGAUGUCAGCUACAUCGACCCCGAGUUCACAAUACAACCUGUCCCUGCCUCUGUCAAUGAGAGGUGCCAGACAGGCGUGGCCAGUGAGGCCUUCCCUGGAUUCUCCUUCAUGAACCCAGUGGAGUUCGUGGCAGCAGGGCCGGUUUCAUAACGACGGCAAAUCCUCUGGGAGCAUGUUUGUUCAAAUAUUUAUUUUUUUAAGUCAUAAAUUAUUCAAUCUUCGUCUAUUUUUAAACACUUAGUUCAAAAUAUUUUUAACACUAACACUGCAAUGUACUGUACAUCUCACUGGUUACACUACCGAAUAAUCAUAUUUUUACAUUUGACUGUUUCUUUAUGUAUCGGUUCAUAUGUGAAAUAGGCUGGUCACUAUUUCACAAGUCCUAGAAUGAAACAAUAAACACUCAAUCUUAAAA